ACAAUUGCCACUAAACAUGUAAAAGACCUUGAUUUCUGCACGGUAAGUGCAUGUCAAGUAUAAAUAUGGCAAGAUUGCGAAAUGGUCAAUUACUCGCUCAUCCUCACUAUGUAACUAGAUCUGUAGGUUUGCAGGUUUGUAUAACAGGAAGCUCAAUAGUAAAUUUCAACCCCAAAAGAUCUAAUAAAAAUAAUGAUGAUACUGCGGAUACAAAUCAGCAAUCUCUAAACUCUCAAAAACAGGUAAAGCAACCAACUCAGUCGCAACCAAAGGAAACGACAUUGACUAACAACCAGAUAAAUUCAAAUACUGCCACUCCUCCAUUGCCAGUAAAAUUAAUAAAGAAUCUUACUGCUCUUACAAAUACUUCAAAUUCAAGAGGUGAUGUCACUAUUGUAGAUCUCACAGCAGAAGAAGAGGAAAAUUUUAUGAGCAAAAAAAGUAAAGUAGAUGGAAAGAAUUCAAGACCUACAUCGAACACUAGUUCGCCAAUGAGUUGGUCGAGUCCUGGUUCCAAUUCAAUUGGAAGUGCUGCUAGUGGUACUUUCAUGACAACUAAACGUCUGCCACCGCUGCCAAGCUGCCAGUAUGCUGCUCCGACACCGGUACAGCAACAACCACGUAGGACUAACAAACCCAGCCGACCCGCUGUUACGAUUAGUCAAGUGGCGCAGGGUAUUGUAAUAUCAUGGACUAUGCCAGACGAAACUCUCGAUCAAGCUAAGAUUGCCAGCUACCAAAUAUAUGCAUAUCAAGAAGGGGACACUGCAACUAGUUCAGGCAAUCUUUCAUCAGAUCUUUGGCGAAAAGUUGGAGAUGUAAAAGCAAUGGCUCUUCCUAUGGCUUGCACACUUACACAGUUUACUCUUGGAAACAGGUAUCAUUUUGCAGUUCGCGCAGUGGAUGUUCAUAGUCGUGUAGGAAACUUCAGUGUUCCAAAAAAUAUACAACUGAAUGAUAUGGUGUAAUUAUAAAAUAAUCUUAUUUAUUAUUAUGAAUUGUAAGAAAGGAA